UCUAUGCAAACAUGCAGUGCAUGGGUAUUGAAUCUCUAGAGUUCUCAAGUCUUGUUGCUGGUCAUGAGAUUAGUCUGACAGCUGAAAGCCCAGGUCGAGCUCUUAACUUUCCCACUGGUGCCCUUCCCCUUGCUCAUGAGCAAGAAAUGGCUGCGUACAAAUUUGAUCCCAUUGAGAAAUACGACGAGCUUCUUGGAAGACCUGUACUCCCCACUGAAAUAAUCACCACUGCAUCUCUCAAUCUUUUGCAUAGUGUUCUCCAUUAUUUCAUCACGCAUGUCUUUCUUCCCGGCAGCGAGUCGCUUGAUGUCGUCAAUCAGCUUGAUCUUUGGGUGAUCUCCAAUGCCUUGGCUGGACGCAAGCUUGACUAUUCCCACUUGCUUUUCGGCUGCAUGAUCAGAGCAAGUAGUGACGAGUAUAGUGGGAGUUUUCCCUUUGGUGGAUACAUAAGCCUUCUGCUUGCCAAUCUGUAUAUUCUUCUGGAUGGUUAUAUUUUCAAGGAAACAUCCGUCCUUAUACAUGCCGCCCUGAUAAUGAGGCACUAUGUCAUCCCACGUAGGCCUUCAGAAGGGGCAGUAGAGGUUGUUCUCGUCGAUGCAAAGGAGGUCGCUGCUCAAGUCUCCAGAGCUCGCAAAAGGAGCCGUAUGAUUCAAGAAGGAGCACGUGAGGAUGCGUCGAGCAAGGACUAGUGAAAAGACUUCGUUCGGGAAGAACAUCUUCACCAAGAGAGAUAGUUUUGUUUUUUAACUAUUUUGUUAUUUGAUAACGAGAUAGUUGUGUUUCUAUAGGCCUUGGGGUCAGGAGGAAUUGGCCCUUUUUAUUGUUGGGUUAACUAGAAUUUUCUUUUUUGUUUAAUUAACUAGCAUUUUCAUUUGUGCCUUAUUUGUUAAAUUUUAGAUUUCACUUAUUUCCGAAGGUUUCCAAAAAACAAAAGCAUAUUGGUAGUAAUACUUCCGCUCAAAUCAACAUCUUUUUCUUAUGCACUGUUACACCAACUCUUAGAAAAUGUUUCGUUGCUUGCUUCGAAUAAGAACAUUAGCGCAUG